AUGGCGGACGACCAGGAGAGGCGUCAGCUAGUGCUUCGACGUACGGUACUUCUUGCUUCACUUAGAAGAGCAGGAAUAUUUCUGGCGGAGUAUCAGGAGGAACGGGACAGGCUCGAGGUGGCGCUGCGGAUCGAAAACCUGGACGCAAUCCGGCAGGAUAUUGAGGACAUCCAAUCGGUUCUUGAAGGCAUCGAGGAAACGAAUGAAGCGUUGAUCCAUUUGAAUCAGGAUGUUCCGGAGAUCCAGAAAUUCCACUACCUCAAGUCAGCGGUAACGGGUGAAGCCGCUCAAAUAAUCGAGUCGUUCGCGAUCAGUGCCACUAAUUAUUCAUUAGCUUGGCAGGCAUUGGUUGGGAGGUAUGCGAACGAGUAUCUCCUGAAGAAACGGCAUCUACAGGCGAUGCUGGAAAUCCAAUGGAUAAAAAAGGAAACUACCGCUUCAUUGCAUGGGAUUGUCGACGAGUUCGAGCGGCAUACCAAAAUCCUGCGGCAGCUUGGAGAACCAGUGGACGGCUGGAGCACAAUACUGGAACAUUUGCUGUGCGUUCGCAUUCCUGAUGAUACUCUCAAGGCGUGGGAGGAUCAUGUAUCGACAAUAGAGAAGCCAAGUUAUGACGCCCUCAUUGAGUUCCUGCAUCGACGCAUCCGUGUUCUGGAAUCAAUUUCGGUGAAUCACGUUCAACCUCCACCGCAGUACGUCACGUCCUCUCACGUUUCGGCAACUCGCAAGUCCUCCCAGAUGAAACCGUCGCCCAGUACAGCAGUCGAUAGUCCAGGAAGGUGCUAUGCGUGUGAACAACGCCAUCCAUUAGUCAAGUGCGCAAGGUUCGAGAAGAUGAAUGCAACUGAUCGUCUUGCCCUGAUCAAUGAAAAUCGGUUGUGUUUGAACUGUUUUAGGAGCGAUCAUUUUUCAAGGCAUUGUUCAUCCAAAUGCACCUGCAGAUUCUGCAAACGACGUCACCAUUCCCUUCUCCAUGCAGGUUUCGGAGACAGUGCAGGCCCCUCUGGCUCCAAUCAGGCUUCAUCCUCUACUGGCAACUUCACACGAGCGUCGACUAACGUGAGUUUAGCUUCGGCAGGUGAUGAGUCAUCUUCUCCCAUGCUAUCUGCAGCCACUUCCAUCCAACCGAGAGAAAUCAACUGCAGUCUGCCACUGCAAGGAACCGGGAAGAACGUGUUUAUGCUCACAGCGGUCAUCGUGGUCAUCGAUCGCUAUGGUAAGGAGCAUUUCGCACGUGCGCUUUUGGACUGCGCAUCUCAACCAAAUCUGAUUACCGAUAAGAUGGUCCAGCUGCUACGACUGAAGCGAAGCAAAUCGAAUGUUAUCGUUCAAGGAAUCGGUGAGCAAUCGCAAAACGCCAGAGAAUCAGUUCACGUCCAGAUCCGGUCCCGAAAGCAGGAUUUUUCGAUGAAUGUUGAGUUUUUAAUACUUCCUAAAGUAACCCCCGAUCUACCCGUCCACGAUAUUCCAGUGGACUACUGGAAGCUUCCUUCAAAUCUGUUCCUGGCGGAUCCCCAAUUCCAUAAACGUACGCCAAUUGACAUGAUCCUAGGAAUCGAGCAUUUCUUCUCAUUCUUUCCAACGGCAAACAGGAUUCAACUACCUAAAGCUCUUCCGAUGCUUGUCGAUAGUGUUUUCGGAUGGUUAAUUUCCGGCUCAGCUGAUAAGGUUCCUUCAGCUAAACAGAAUCCUCCCUGUAGCAUCGUAGCUGUUUCCCUAUUCACGCUUGAAGAGAGCGUCGAACAGUUUUGGAAGGUUGAAGAGCUACAAGCCCGGUCUGCCUAUUCGUUGGAAGAAAGGCGAUGCGAAGAAUCAUUUUCAUCUACCACAACGAGAACAACAGAUGGACGAUACAUGGUACGUUUACCCCGCCAACCCAACUUCAACGAGCUGAUUGGAGAUUCCAGACCUAUGGCACUCCGUCGGUUUCUCCUCCUGGAAAAACGACUUGCACGGAAUCCUGAACUGAAGAAUGAAUACCACAAGUUUAUGGAAGAAUACCUCUCCCUUGGACACAUGCAGCGUGUUCGAGAAGACGACGGACAGUAUUCCCAAGCAUACUACCUCCCGCAUGACCCGGUAGUGAAGGAAGCCAGCAGAACGACGAAAGUACGUGUGGUUUUCGACGCGUCGGCCAAGACCUCUACAGGCUCAUCCCUCAACGAAGCUCUACUAGUAGGUCCUGUGGUGCAGGACGAUCUCCUAUUGACCAUUCUUCGGUUCCGGACGUUCCCCGUGGCGUUGGUGAGUGAUAUCGCCAAAAUGUAUCGGCUAGUUUUGCUCCAUCCUGACGAUACACCUUACCAGAGAAUUCUGUGGCGGUUUGACCCGGCCGAUCCAAUCCAAUGCUAUGAGUUGUUGACUGUUACGUUUGGCCUGAGCCCAUCAUCCUUCCUCGCCACACGCACGCUACAUCAGCUGGCUAGCGAUGAAGGCGAUUCCUAUUCGCUGGCUGGACCCGCUCUUCGGAAGAGUUUCUACAUAGAUGACUUCAUCGGCGGAGCACAGUCCAUCACAGAACUACCAGUGCUGGCAAGUCUGUCACCCGAUAAAAUUGGUACCCAAUCGUCAAUCCAGUUUGACAAGCACGAGACGGUGAAAACACUAGGAAUUUCCUGGGAACCUGAGCCUGAUAUCCUUCGCUUCGACUCCGAGAUUCGCCAACACAAGCAUGCACCAACGAAACGAUCGAUCCUUUCGGCAAUCUCUCAACUGUUCGACCCACUGGGGUUAAUAUCGCCGAUUGUCAUCAAGGGUAAGAUGCUAAUGCAACGUUUCCGUUACGCCCUACUACCAAACUCCACCAUCCAGCUUUAUACGUUUUCCGAUGCGUCGGAAUCGGCGUACGGUGCGUGUACGUAUGCCAGAUGUGUCGACUCCUCGGGACAGAUUCGUGUUCAACUGCUUGCUUCCAAAUCCCGAGUCGCACCUUUGAAGAAAAUUACACUACCUCGCCUAGAACUGUGUGCUGCAGACAUUGCCGCCAAAUUUCACUCCCGGAUCGUUGAGGCGCUCCAAACUCCAAUCGCUGGUUCGUAUUUUUGGUCUGACUCCACCGUAACCCUGCAAUGGCUGCGAACACCUCCUAACACCUGGAAAACGUUUGUGGCGAACCGAGUGUCGGAGAUACAAAGCUCUACGCAUGGAGCCUUUUGGAAUCACGUAGCUGGGACAGAAAACCACGCGGACCUAAUAUCACGCGGCAUGCACGUCGACGACUUUCUGGUCAGCAAAUUGUGGAAGGGAGGUCCCAAUUGGCUGUCGAAUCCAAGAACGAAAUGGCCAGUCUUAAAAUUUACCGAAUAUCCAGAAGACGGGAAGGAACGCAGAAAGCUGAUUACAGCCGUCACAAGGACUCAAGUGAUAUGCAAUACCAUUAAUCCGAUCUUUGCCAGAUUUUCAUCCUACGAACGUUUGCUUCGAUCUACAGCCUACAUCCUUCGAUUCAUCGCCAAUGCUCGCUGUAAAGCGCGCACGCAACCGCUCCCCCUUACUGGUCCGAUUCCCAGUAUCUCGCUUAAUGUGAAGCACCUGAACAUCGCAGAACAAAAACUGACGCAGCUGGCUCAGGCAGAUGCAUUCGACGAGGAGAUCCAAAAUUUGCAGCAUAACAAGGCCGUCGGAAAGCGUUCUGCAAUCCGUCUACUGACUCCGUUUCUAGACCCUGAGGGAACCAUACGUGUAGGGGGGAGACUUAAACUUUCAGAUCAGCCAUUCCUAUUCAAACAUCCCGCCCUAUUGCCCAGCAACCAUCCCCUCACUCGUUUAAUUGCCAAAUCCUUCCAUAUGUCACUUAUUCACGGUGGCGGCCGCCUAACACUUGCGGCUAUACGAGAAAAAUACUGGCCAGUCCACGGUCGACGACUAGUUCGCAGCAUCCUUCGCAGCUGUUUCCGUUGCGCCAGAGCCCAGCCUGUCCCGACUACUCAACAGAUUGGUCAACUUCCCCUGCAUCGAGUUGCACCCAGUCGACCGUUUGCCAUUUCUGGUGUGGAUUAUGCUGGACCAGUCUACUUGAAGCCGGUACACAAGCGAGCUGCUGCAACUAAGGCGUACAUCAGCAUCUUCGUAUGCUUCUGCACCAAGGCGGUGCACAUCGAGUUGGUGAGUGACCUGUCGCCGCAAGGAUUCCUGUCGGCACUUCGCCGUUUCAUCGCCCGUGGUGGACUACCGAGUGACUUGUACUCCGACAACGGAAAGAACUUCGAAGGGGCCGCCAACGAACUGGACGAAGUCUACCGAAUGCUGCAAGAUGAGUCGCAGAUGCUACAAAUUACGUCUGACCGAGCCUGCGAACGAAUCACAUGGCACUUCAGCCCGCCUAAGGCCCCACAUUUUGGAGGAUUGUGGGAGGCGGCGGUUAAAGUGGCCAAACGUCAACUGUACCGACAGCUCGGCAAUUCAAAGCUGUCCUUCGAGGAUCUGACCACCCUACUAACGCAGAUCUAA